AUGCAUGUCUUCGAUAGGAAGCCGCGACUGGCGACUAUCAACUUCGAUGCGCUGCGGCCGUACACGCGGUAUCCCUUCAGCCUCAUCAUACCGCAGUAUGUCACUGAGCGAAUACUAGGCAAGAAAUUGAACGCGAUGGGCGUCCACAUACACCGCCCGUGCAAGGUCGCCGGCAUGCGAGGGGACGACCAGGGCCGGCGCACGAUCGAUGUCUCAUUCGAAGGAGGCAAAGUCGUGCUCGCCAAGUACGUCGUCGGCGCAGAUGGCUCACAUUCCCCAGUCCGCCAAAUUGCAGGUAUCGGCUUUGUUGAUCCCGAUGGCCAAUCUGUCGCUGGAGACGAGAUCAACGUAUUCUCACAGAUGAUCCUCGCAGAUGUUGCGUUCUCCUCGCGGCCGAGGCUCCCAGACGAGGGCUCCUCGUUUGGCGUCCUUAAUUCGGGUAGUUUCUUCCCGAUUGCUCCGCUACCCGCGUCUGCGGGCAGUACUCUCGAAGUUCCCCUGCAUCGCAUAGUGUGCGGGGUGCCUGCCGCCUCAGGUCUACCGCCGUCGAAGCCGCAGACGCCUUACGUACAGGACCUCGUCGACAGAUACGGCCAUAUUUCGCUGUCGUCCGGUCCUACAGUCAACGAGAACCCAGUGAAAACCGCGGAGAUAAUCUGGUCGUCUCGGUUCCGCAUUCACUCUGCUGUCGCUGACCGCUUCUUCACACGUUUUGGUGGCAACAACGCACAAGGGGGCGGCGUCGUAUGUCUUGUCGGUGACGCGGCGCAUAUCCACCCACCUGCAGAGGACAAGGCAUGA